UUGCUGCAAUGUUCUGUUUUAACCAUCCAAUCCAAGGAUGUCUUUAUCUGCGGCGGUUAGAGAUUCCAAUGGAGAAACAGAAGCUGUUGCUGUCAUAUUUGGGGCAACUGGGCUUGUUGGAAGAGAGCUUGUCAGAAGGCUAAUCUCAAAAUCCAAAUGGAAAAAGGUUUAUGGUGUAGCUAGAAGAUUCGAGAGCUUUCCUAUCCAAAACCCAAAUUAUCACUUCAUCUCAUGUGACUUGCUAAUUCCUCAAGAGACACAAAAGAAGCUCUCUGUUAUACAAGAUGCGACUCACAUGUUUUGGGUCACUUGGGCAGGUCAAUUUCCUCUAGAUAGCAAAGAAUGCUGUGAUCAGAAUAUGGCCAUGAUGUCCAAUGCCUUGAAUGCUAUCCUCCAACAGACUAAUGCUUUGCAGCACGUUUCACUCCAGACGGGAAUGAAGCAUUAUGUGUCACUACAGCAAGGCCACAAUGCAAACCGAGUUUGCUUCUAUGGUGAGGAUUGCCCAAGGGCGAGUGGUGGCUGUAACUUUUACUAUGUUCUUGAGGAUUUUCUCAAGGAAAGACUAGCAGGUAAGGUGGCCUGGUCUGUGCUGAGGCCUGGCUUGUUGAUGGGCAGUUCCAAUAGGACUAUGUACAAUGUAAUGGGUAGUUUGUGCGUCUAUGGUGCUAUUUGCAAAUAUUUACAUCUGGCUUUUGUGUUUGGCGGGACAAUGGAGUGCUGGGAGGAGGCAUGCAUUGACGGCUCCGAUGCUCGUCUAGUUGCUGAGCAGCACAUUUGGGCAGCCACCAAUGGUGAAAUAUCUUCCACAAGUGGUCAGGCAUUCAAUGCAAUCAAUGGCCCAAGUUUCACUUGGAAGGAGAUAUGGCCGAUUCUUGGAAAGAAACUUGAAGUUGAAAUGCCUCAAGACAUGUUCCUGGAGGACUUUUGGUUUUCCAAGGCAGUGAGUAACAAGAAGGAUGUAUGGAAAGAGAUUGUAGAGAAGGAAGGACUGUUGCAGACAGAAAUGGAAGAUUUGGCAAAUUGGGAAUUCUUGGAUGCCUUGUUCCGCUGUCCAUCAAAAAUGCUAGGGAGCAGAGAAAAAUCUGACAGGUUGGGUUUUACGAUGAGAUGCAAGACAAUGGAUUCAAUGUUGUAUUGGAUUGAUUCAAUGAGAGAUGAUAAGUUAAUUCCUUAAUCCUUGAAGCACUGAAAGAAAAUGGCGCACCAUAUAGUUUCUUUUCGUUCUUUAGAUGUUUGUAUUUCCUCAUUUCAUAUGAAUCCCAAUAACACAGUAGAGAUGGAUAUGCAAA